GAAAUGUAAAAAUAUUUUUGUGAUCUUUAGAAAUGGGCUGAAUGAUUUGGAUUAGCGUCUGACAAAAAAACUUGACUUUUGAGGUUAAUAUGUCGAAAUUACUGUUUGAUGGUGUAAUAUCGUUAGAUGAUGUCUUAUUUUUGUUAUUUUAAACAUUGAAACCAUGCCAUUAUACAAAACAUUACUCUAGUUCAGUUCAUAAGUAAUUUUCUAUUAAUUAAUUCUUAAUACAUCUUAGUUGUUUACGACGAAGCUGUCAAAAUGCUAAUUUAGAUUUAAUACGUUCAUAAAAAAAGUAGACAAUUUAAAUAUAUAAAAUAUAUUAGUUCAUCGAGGAGCCCAGUUUAUGCUCGCGUUUCAGUUUUAACUAUGGCUGACGAUAUCGAUAUCGAGGAGCACGAUGUCCUGGACAAUCCGCUGCUUAAGAACAUAUUUCCGGACAUCACAAGUAUAAAGACGGAGGUGAUCGACUAUGAAGAUGAAGAGAAUGAUGAGGAGAAUAUGUUGUUUAAUGGGGACGAAGACUUCAGUUAUGAGAUUCAACAGCAAAAAAACGAUCCAUCAAUCCACGAGAGCAAACCGAGCUCGUCAUCAACAUCGGGUGUCAACACACCGGAACCACAUGCAACGAUAAGCAGAGGAGAAUCUCAUUCGGACGGCACAUCUCAUCAUUGCAACGAAUGUGACUCGAUGUUUCCGACCGAAGAAGCUCUGGAUGAACAUAAAACGAUAACCCAUUCAUAUCUGGUGGCUGUCAGGAAGAACAAAGCGUACAAGAGCACAACAAAGGGCUCGAUAUUCAAUCGCAAGAUCAAAAUGGAACCGGAUCCGGUCGAGGACAAGUCAGUUUUGUGCAGCUGUUGUAACGAGGUCUUCCCCGAUGAGCUGGCAUUCAUGAAACAUUCAUACAGCGUGAUGCCCGUGUGUUUCCAGUGCGACCUGUGCGACAUGGAGUGUGACAGCGAGGCCGCUUUGAGGAACCACAAAGCGACCCAUUCUAUGAACGACGAGUACAUAUGCUGUCCGGUCUGCUCCUGCCAUUUCCGGAACAGAGUGAAGCUGUGCAACCACAUGCGCAUCUUCCACGGCUUCAACGACGACGUCCCGGAGCCGACGACCGCGGUGGACUUCGAUUGCGAGGCCUGCGGUCACUCGCUGCCGGAUUGCAAGCGCUACAACCACCACAUACAGCACAAACAUCCGGAACUGUACAACAAAGUGGUGGAUACCCGCAAAUAUCACUGUCCGCCCUGUAAUCUGACUUUCCCGUCGUCCUACUCCGAGAAGAUACAUCGCGCGGCCAAACACGCGGUGCCAGAUGACGUGAGUUACGAACAGCAGUCCACGAGCUCGCAGAACUACCUGCCGAUGCCGAUCGCUACACUGUUCAAGUGCACCAAGUGCCACGUGCAUUUCCUGUCGUUCAUGAAAGCGGUGGAACACUUCAAAACCUGUGAGGCUGAUGCUGGUGAUUACAAAUGCAAAAUAUGCAGGCGUUUCCUCAACAAACCGGACAAAAUUGGUCAUUUGAAACAGCACGAAAUGGUUGAGAAAUUGAAGGGCAUUAAGAUAAGAGACGUCGAGAUACAGAAUAAGAUAGUUUGCAAUUGCCGCAAAUGCCAGAUAUGCUUCGACGAAGCCGGCUUCCAGAAAUGCCACACGGACGUCUGUUUGCCAGCUAAAAGCGUGAAGUGCUCGCUGUGCCGUCUGAUAAUACACGAGGAUUAUAUGGUACAGCAUUCAAAGGCUCAUGCGACCGGCGUCAAAACUACGGACUUCAUUGUGGUUGAUUAUAUGUGCUUUGACGAGAACGAGCAGAAAGAACAGAUACAAGAACAGCCGAAGGUCAAGAUGGAUCGAACGGCUAAGCCGAAACACCUGUUCUACUGUCCCACCUGCAAAUGCUACCUCAAAAUCAACAGAACGAUCCACGGGCACAGUGUCGGCAAAUGCAACAGGUCCCUCAACAAAUACCUGUGCAAGCUGUGCGGUUUGUGCUUCACGGUAAAAGGAAUGAAGACUCACAAGCGGGAGCACAAACUCUACCCCAAUCUGAAGCUCCACGAAUUCAAAUUCGUUUCAACUCAAACCGGAAGGCAGAUAGAACCGAAGUUUCCGGAAUUCAAGAAAUGCAAAGCCUGCAGCGUCCACUUCUUCAGCGAGCAGGCCAGGAGACGGCAUUCCUGUUUCUCCGAAGUCCACAAAACUUGCCAAUACUGCCGCGAGAACUUCAGUGAUCUGGCAUUCAAACUCCACGUGCCGUUCCACAAAUAUGGCGAUUGGGACAGCCAAAAAGUCAACAUCCCGGAUAUACUGAAAACCUACGAGUCUCUCCAGACCAUGUGGAAUAUACUCUACCUGUGCGAGACCUGCGACACUAUAAUAGACACAUACGACUCCGUGGUAGAGCACUCCCAAGACCACUUCUGCAACAUGGAGAGCUACAACAAGACGAUAAACAAUUGUGAUAUAUGCGAUCUCAAAUUCGUUGGCAAUUCAAUAGAUAGACACAAAGAAUUGCAUCUCGGGAACAGCCUCAGGAAGGAUUCGUUCAUAAUAUUGAACUAUGAUUACGAGAAGCUUCUAUCCAACGAGUGGUUGAAAAUGUUCGCGUGCCUGGCCAAGGAGCAGGUCAAUCAGAUACUGUCUAGGAGCAUUUACAAAGUCACAAGGAGCAUCAGAAUGGAAAUCGCCGUGGACGGUCCCUUACACACGACGCUGUACCGGUGUGGGGGGUGCAGCAAUAUCAUAGACACGGACUGCGUCGAGGCGCACGCCCAAAAUAAUAAUUGCUCCAACAACGAUUUCAAAUACAAUUGCGUCACUUGCCGGCUCAGCUUCGCUACGCGGAACUCGAAGGCGGAUCACGAUUAUCUUCACAAGACAUGCAAAUUGGACAGCAACUGUUUGAGAAUUAUAGAUUUCAAUUUGCAAAAAGACUUCUACGUGAACGAUGUCCUGCGAUCCAAGUUGCGUCCCGAGGGUUUGAGCUUCAAGAGAUGCCAGCAAUGCGGUAAACUGAUACAGAAAGACAAAUUCCAGAAACACAGCGCCUUCCACGUAGAACAAAAACACAAGCUCUUCAAGAACCAACCCAAGUUUGUGUCGAAGUCGUCCGCCAAGAAAAUGGUCCACACAUUCUACACUUGUAGGAAAUGUAAAGUUAGCGUCGUCUUCAAACAGACGAUAAACAUACACACCUGCAAGACGCUGGUCAGACUCGUUAAGUGUAACAAGUGCGGGCUCAUGAUCAGAGCGUCGAGUUUGCAGAGGCACAGCCAAUACCACAGAAAAUUCCCGAAAAUGACGGCAGCGGACAUAAAAAUAGUGUACUUCCAAAAUAAAUGCAUCGAGGAUCCUGUAAGACAAAACGAGGAGCAGUUGGUCUUCUACCAAUGUACGGACUGCGCUUUGACAGUACACAGAGAGUCCACAACCAAGAAACAUGCCUGCAACGGCUCACUUAACAAAAAAUAUUGCAAUAUAUGCGAGCUGUAUUUCCACGCGUCAAAUUUUAUGCACCACGAAAAAAUACACGAGCAGAUGGCAUUCGGCAAAGACGACAUCACCCUCUUGCAGUUCAGGAACGGCGUAGUUUACGGAGACGUCAACCCGCAAACGAAGAUCGUAAGCUAUAAGCCGAAGCGGGAGAAUAUAUACAUAAAGAAAGUGCGGAAACGUCGUCUGUUCGACAGCCAGCUGAACCACGAGUUGACCGACAGGGAAUUCUACCGGUCUAUAUCGGCUAGACUCUACAAAUGUGAUACCUGCAAAUUGCUGUUUGUAACCGGCUCAUGUCUGGCUCAACAUCAAAAAAUAUGCAGCGAGAACAACACAGGCGUUGAAUGUAAAAAUUGCGGACUGAUUUUCCACGAAACAGCAAUAAAACAUCACAUCACACUCCAGAAAUGCAAUCUCAAACCAAACAUCAAUUUUAUUUCGCUUAAAUUGAACUGUGAAACCUACAGCGACAGGCGGGUCGUGUACCUCUGCCAGCAAUGCAACGUGUACAACAUAUCCCUGAGGGGCAACAUGUAUCACGUGGAGGCUAACCACAGGAUAGGCAAAAUGACGGUUAAGUGCGUCACGUGCAAUAUAACCUUCUCGUCGGUGAGUUACAGGAACCACAUGAAGCUGCAUCACCACAAGAAGAGAACCGGCUUCAAAGACUUGGCAGUCGCCACGGUCACUAUUAUGACGUUAGCGGACGCGCUCAAAGAUUUACCUGACAGAAGUCAAAUCAGAUUGAUAGAUUUUGAUUCCGUCGAAGAAUCAGGUGUCGAUGGAAGAGCAGUGAAACGAAAACUGUCGCUGGAUGAUGAGGAUUCGCAAGACGAAACAAACAAACUGCCUAGAAUUGAACCCAGGGCCACUACUAGCGAUGAGAUUCUGUCACCGAAAUCUAAAAUACAGUUCAAUAAAAACAGCCUCUACUCCUGUGGGGUCUGCGACCUGAACUUCCUCCAUCCAAAAACCCUCAAACGUCACAUGGACAUAGGGCGUCACGACGAACAAAGAUACGUCUGUCCCGAAUGCAAUCUUAUGUUCACAAGAAUAUCUCUAACAAGGCACAUGUACACCCACGAGACGGUGGAGGAAACUAACGAUUACAGACCGAAAUACAGAAACGAGUCUAGGACUAGGCGGAGCCAAGGAGACAGCAGCGAGGAGAAUUCACAGAGCUCCAGUACAUACAAAGUGGAAAUAGAGCCGAGCAUAUCAACGGAAGAGGCGAGUCAGGGCGAUCCAGAGGUCAAGCUAUACAAGUGCGCCGCCUGCGACGUCUAUUACCUGAAAGAAGAUAUAUGUGUGGAGCAUGUUACGGAGCACGCGGCGUUGGAUCCCACAGAGUAUAUAGCGUGCAAGAUGUGCGACCUGCAGUUCCUCUGCGAGUACCUCGGCUCGCACAUGAAGACUCACCGCGACAAGUCCUUCAAUAUCGAUAAAUUGAUAGUCCUCGAAUACCAGAUAGUCGAUAACAGCGUGAAAAUCGAUACAUACUCAGCGGCCGACAGGUUGAAAUCCAAAUUGGUCAGCACCACAACCCACUCCGAUACAGAGGACGAGAAGAACGAUAACAUAGACUCGACGACUGAUGAAAACAAUUUCAACCAAUCAGCGCCCUCCGUGUCCGACCAAUCAGCGGACAGACCGACGCCUCAAAUGGAGAGCGCCAAUUGAGUUGGAAUUGGAAAACAAUUCCAAAACAGGAAUACCUCAAGGUCGGCAUGAGAUGAGCGUAAUUAUACAUAGUUUAUUAUCUAUUGUUUUAAUGUUAAGAGCAUUUCUUAAAUAACGUAUUUUGUUGCGCUUAACCCUUACACUUACAUAAACUCUUUGUUUAUUAUUUAAACACAAUUUUAUUGACGCGCGAAAAAAUUUUUUGAAAAUUUUGACUGAUAAAUUUAAGUCUGAAUAAUUAAAAAACAAAAUCGUCACACCGAGAAGGAGGAGAGGUGUAGGAGAGAAAAAAUCAACGAGAAAUUAUAUAUAUAUAAAUACAAGCGUUUUAUUUUAAAAUUGAAUUCCAAGUACAGAGAGUACUUCCAAAACUUUUAUAUCAGCACAUCGUCGAUGUACGAAAGCUGAGAACGACGACUAUUGUUACUUGAUGGAACCCUUCGAAUGAAUCUACUGGAAUCGAUUUGAUGGUAUUUUUUUUUGUAUGUUUUAGAUUGUUUGAUUUUGAAUAAUCUAUGAUUUUUAUUAUGUAAGAUUUAAUAAUUGUAAGUGAUAUUUGUGAAUUUAAAUAAAAAAUAAUAAUAAUAAUAUGAA